AAAGUUUCCAAAAAACAUUAAGCAAAAAACUUCCUGCAGGAGGAGAAGUGUGCCAACCUCAAGUUCGAAUCUGUUUCUUCUUAAAGCAAGAGGCGCAGAGAGCGAGGCAUCCUGACAUUACUCCCCUCAUCCUUACGGAUUUCUUCACUAUUCUUUUAACCACGGCAUCAAAGGUGGAGAGCGUUUUUUCUUCUCUAUCCCUGCAUUUCUUCAAGAAAGAAAUGGAAGAGGGCUCCAGUUCUCCGGUCUCCCCUGUGGAUAGUCUGGUGACCAGCGAGGAGGAGCUGGACAGACAGCAGAAACGCUUCGCGGGGAAGAGGAGACAAAGCAAAAAGUCCAGCGAGGACAGCAGCGGCGGCAGCAGCAGCCCGGGUCCGGUCAAACGGGUUAAAAAGGCGAGUCCGAGCAGCAAUCAGUCGUACGAGGAGCUGCAGAACCAGCGGGUCCUGGCCAACGUCCGGGAGAGGCAACGGACUCAGUCUCUGAACGAGGCCUUCGCGUCUUUGCGCAAAAUUAUCCCCACUCUGCCCUCGGACAAACUCAGCAAGAUACAGACGCUGAAGCUCGCCUCCAGAUACAUUGAUUUCCUCUGUCAGGUGCUGCAGAGCGACGAGAUGGACAACAAGAUGUCCAGCUGCAGCUACGUUGCGCACGAAAGACUCAGUUACGCAUUCUCCGUGUGGAGGAUGGAGGGUGCCUGGUCUAUGUCAGCAUCACACUAGCACCCAGAGACCUUCACUUACAAUGCCAAAGCGACUGUUUACUACAAAGUAUGAAGACCAAAGGGAUUACUGAAGAACCCAUCGACCUCAAAGCGCACGGCGAAGAGACGUAAUGUGACCCACAACUACAGUAUAAACUCUUCGGGUGUGGGUGUGGGUGUGGGUGUGUGUGUGUGUGUGUGAGUGUGUGCGUGUGUCAGAGAGAGGGGAAAGGACAGACCUGCAAUGUGUAGCUAUGGCGCAAAGAUGUUAUAGCGCAAAGUUCGGCAUCC